UCUGUGGGGGAGGAUUUCUCUCCGUUUGGUGCCCAGACUGUGGGACGUGCUGAGCGCCUGUCCUGCCGCUGGUGAAGAGCAGACACGCCCAGGUGGCGGUGAGUUCGCAGGAAGCGGCCCAUCCCAAGCAGGAAGAACCUUCUGCCCGCCGCUUCCGUGGGGAGUUGAAGUUGGAGCAGGGGCCGGAUCAGGGCCAGCCAUGCUCGGUGCAGCCGUCUGCUUCCUGCUGUUAUUGGCUCGGGCCGGGCCCACAGGUGCUGAGAUGAUUUCAGUCACUGCUGACCAAGAUGUGACAAUUAACAUCAGACAAGCAACAGGCAGCCUGAGCUUUGCUGAAUGCCAAAUGUGUACCCAGGAAGGGGAUUGUAACUCAGAGUAUCAGAUCCUUCCAGGAGCAACCCUGCUCUUCAACUUCACCUGCGAUGAUCCUGAGCACAACUUCAUCAUGGAAGUUAAGAAAGAAAUCGCUGAAGCUGACGACCUUGAAGAUCUUCUACCUCAGAGCCUCCCGAAGCUGAACACUACGUACAUCUGGGCCAUCAAUGUGCCUUAUAAUGUUGGUGUGUGGAUAAGCUUUCCUGAGAAUCACCUGCAACAGAUGGACUCUGGCUAUUGUCCGGACUUGGUGCAGUACAUGAUUAAAGGACACGUCCGUUAUGAUAAUAAAAAGGAAGUCCCUGUUGGUACCUUUUGUAGGAAUGGAACGAUUUACAAUCUGAAAAUUCAAGGGAGAACGUUGAUAGCCCUUGAGGUUCCUUGGACCGAGGUGAUUGAUGACGCAGGAUUUCAACUUUCCUUUGUGAAUCCUAUAAAAAAGUUCAGUGUUGUUGAUGUGGUGCUACAGCCGGAGACUCCAGCGUACUUCAUGUCAGCAAACUGGCCCCAGGGUUUCCCCAACGAUGAACUAAUGACAUGGACCUUCGCUGUUCCUUCCAAUCACCAUGCCAAUGUCACAGUGGAGAACUUCACCCUCCCCAGCUGUGUGAAGAGGGAGGCAGGCUGGUUUUUUGGCCCAUCUGUACUCGGAAAGAAGUCAAACCAAUUUCACAAAAGUUUCAUGCUGACUUUGCAGAACUGUGACAUGGACAGUUCAAGUGCCACUGGGCUGACAUUGCGCUUUAAAGUUGAGCUCUUUACUGACUAUGGGGAGAGGUUUGAAAUUAAACUGAGGAAGGAAGAUGCUGUUUCGGUGAAAUUUAAGCAGCUGUUGGAGGACAACAACAGCCUGUUCUGCAUCUGCAAGUUUCCUGUCUCAUCUGACUGUGCCUCUGAGCUGCAACUGAAUCCCGGUGACCACCUCAAUAUUUCCUUCCACUUCCAGUGUAACAGGGCGCACAACAUUACUGUAGAAGCCACCAAGCAUGUCUCCUGUAAAGACCAGGACGAGUGCUCAGUGAAGAAUGUGGAUCUGGUCCUGCCGACUACACUUUCCACCUUGCCGGUACCUCAACAAACAUUCAAGUGGGUCCUCGAAGCUCCACCUGAGAUGACAAUCCAGUUGGCCACCAAACGACUGAAGCUCCAACAACUUCUUCCAGGCCAAAGCUGCAAUGGCAACUUGACUUACAACAUGAGUACAUUCUGUGAGGAUGGGACUAGUUCCACUGUGGGUCUCUUCUGUCCCCAUGGAGCAAUGGAGCAGAUCCAGACCGCUGACAGUGUGUCACUGGAACUGCUGACGUCUGAUGCAUGGAGCUCCAGUGACCUGGACAUCAGCCUGUCCUUCAUUCCACGUGUCACAGAGGACUUCAUAAUGAAAGUUACCCCAGAGGCUGGCUCUCCUGUGCAUCUUCUAACACCCAACUGGGAAUUGGGAAUGCCAAAUAAGUUGACGGCAUCAUGGGAUAUCUCUGUUCCGGAAGACCAUGUGGCUGAGCUGAGUUUCCUGAACCAUUCGAUACCUCACUGUGAGCAUGGACAUGUAAUCAUCAGUGUGGACGAGCAGUGGGAGGACGCCACCUUGACCAGUUACAGGGAAACAGACGCUCUGCCCAAUUCGCCCAUCACUCUGGCCCACAACUUCUGGCUCAACGUCUCUAACUGCGAACCUUCAAGUGGGCACUUGAACCUCAUGUUCCACGUGCUGGUGAAGGAGUAUGAAGAUGACAUGGAGAUGGUGAUGAUCGUUUUGGCAGCUGUGGGAGGAUUGGCUCUGAUCAUCGCUAUCACUGUGAUUGUGUGUUGUGUGAAAAAACGGAGAAGACAGCAAAGCCAGCCUGCCCUCGGCAUCUACAAUCCUAGUGUGAACAACCACAUACCCAGACACCGGUGGAAGUUCGGCAAAACUAGGCAGGAGAACGAGUCUCAUAUUUACGCUGUGAUUGAUGAAGACCGCGUUUACGCUGAUCACUUCAACAAGCCACAGCUGCUGUCCAUCCCGGAGGUGGAUGUGUAUCGACCUUUCCAAGGCCCCAUGGGCAGCGUCCCACCAACUCUCCCACCUCCCCGUGGUACUAUCCCCAAGGGUUCCAGUCCAGAGGCCAUGCCCAUGGUGUCCAAUGACCUGUACACGUUCUCGAUGAAGAAGGUAGAUGUGGAAAACAAUGGGGAGAUGGUCUCUUUCCUCGGGAAUGGUGAAAAGGAUUCCAGUUCAUAGCAAAGCAUCCCGCAGUGUAUGCAAGAACCUAAAUGUGUAAAUAACUGGCGUCUGUCCAAACAACUCAAUGUUAUUUUUCAUGGACUGAUUUUACCACUGAAUGUAGCAGCGUUUAGUUUCUAGGUAACAUUUUGUCAGCCAGAGUUCAGCUCUCCCACCACUGAGCUGAGAGUUCCUGAGCAGAUAUUUCCCAGAGACUCCAGCCGAAGAAUCUUGGUUUGUAGUGUAGUACUGUGGGGAGGGAGUGCUGCACUGCCACAGUGGAGUGAUCCCAGUAUGACAGGUGUGCCUCAAAGAUCCCAUCCCAUCAUUUUGAAGAGUAAGGGAGUUCUGUUUGGUGACAACAACACAUUACAGGUGUUUAUCACACUCCUGUUUGUGGCGACUUGCUGGGCUCACAAGUCCUGUACAAGAAGGAUGGGUUACGUCUAAACUGGCGGAGAGCAAUAUACUUGCAGGGAAGUUUGUUCACCGUAUUCAGGAGGUUUAAACUAAUUUGGCAGGGUGGUGGGAAACUCAGUAGCAGUGCAGAAGGUGGGGAGAUUGCCUACAGUGUAGAGGAUAAUACAAGUAUGUCCAGUGGCAGAACAGACAGAGGCAGGUUAGGAAGCCUGGGAGGGCUGGUGGGCUCACCUAUAUUUACAUUAAUGUAAGGAAUCUCACGGGUAAGUCAGACGAGCUUAGAGCGUGGAUCAGCACAUGGAAUUAUGAUAUUAUUGCAAUCAUGGAAACAUGGUUGAAGGAAGGGCAGAACUGGCAGUGUAAUGUUCUGGGGAUAUGCAAGUUUCACAUGUGACAGAGGGGAUGCGCAAGAAAAGGGAGAGUCACACUGCUGAUUAGGGCAGUACUUAGAGAGAUCAUCCAAUGCAGCCAUAUGGGUAGAAUUUGGGAAGAAGAGAGGGGCAAUCACUUUGCUGGGGUUACACUAUAGGCCUCCCAACAGACAGUGGGAAUUACAGGAACAGAAAUGUAAGCAAAUCACAGAAAAGUUUAAGAGCAGUAAGGUUAUAGUAGUGGGAGAUUUUAACUUUCCCAGUAUUGGUUGGGAUUGCCUCAGUGCCUCAUUAUGUGUGUCCAAGAAAGAAUUUUGAGACAAUCUGUAGAGUCCUACUAAAGUUGGACCUGCACCUGACUUCAUCUUAGGAAAUGAGGCUGGGCAGGUGUGGAUGUCUCAGUUGGGGUACACUUUGGGAACAGUGAUCAUAAUUCUGUAAGUUUCAAGGUAGUUAUGGAAAGGGAUAUAGUUGGUCCUCGAGUUAAGUCUUGAAUUGGGGAAGGCUGAUUUCAAUAGUGUAAGAAAGAACCUAGUGAAAGUAGAUUGGGAGCAGAUGUUGUAGGUAAAACAACAUCUGACAAGUGGGAUCUUCUAAAAUAGGGUUAGUAAGAGUUCAGGAUCAACAUAUUCUGGCCAGGGUGAAAGGCAAAGUUGGCAAGAUUAUGGAACCUUGGAUGACAAAGGUUAUUAAAGGUUUAAUCAGGAAAUAAAAGGAAUCAUAUAUAGGCAAUUGGGAGCAAGGGAGGCUCUUGAGGAAUAUAGAGGGAGUAGGAAAGGGGUAAUCUAUAUGUGGAGCCAGGGGACUUGGGUGAGGUCCUAAAUGAAUACUUCUCCUCUGUAUCCACCAAGGAGAAAUAAGUAGAAGAGAGUGAGUUCAGGGAAGUGUAUAUUGAUGGUAUGUCAGUAGUAAGCAGAUGGAGGAGUUAGAUGCCAUGGGAAACAUAAGGGCUCAUAAAUCCCUGGGGAAACAUAAGGGCUCAUAAGUCCCUGGGGCCACAUGAGAUCUAUCCCAGAAUGUUAUGGGAAACAAGGCAGGAGAUAGCUGGGGCCCUAAUGGGGAUUUUUGCAUGAGGUACCAGAAGACAGAAGGAUAGCGAAAGUUGUUCCUUUAUUUAAGAAGAGCAGCAGGGAUAAGCCAGGUAACUACAGGCUGGUGAGCCUUAUAUCAGUGUAGUGAAAUUAUUGGAGAAAAUUCUCAGUGAUAGGAUUUAUGCGCAUUUGGAAAGGCGGGGACUGAUC